UUUAAAGGGUUUAAGACAACUUUCUUUCAUUCUCAUUUCUCACCCUUUCCCCAGACUUCCCAAUUAACCAUUACCUUUUGCAAUCCAAUACUUCGAACUAGCUAAUUUCUAUGGCUAUGGAGGAACCCAACACCACGUAUAUGGAAGUAGAAGAAGCUGAAAACUCAGAUGACGACAGGGACCAGAAUUGGGACGAUUGGAAAGUAGACGAAAAUGGAGACGAAGAAGAUGAAGAUGAAGCUAUGAACUCAGAGUUACUCUGCUUGUUCUGUGAUUCGCUAUACAAUUCCAGCAACGCCCUCUUUGAACACUGCUCAUCCGCACACCGCUUCAACUUCAAUACUCUCAAGACCACUUUCGCCUUGGAUUUCUACGGCUGCUUUAAGCUCAUUAAUUACAUUAGGUCUAAGGUUGCUGAGAACAAAUGUUGGAGUUGUGGUAUUGUCUGUCGGUCAAAGGAAGAUUUACUGAAUCAUUUGCACGAGGUUAUUAAUUUUGACGAGGGCUUGUUUCCUUGGAAUGAUGAUGAGUUUUUGAAGCCCUUGAACGAGGAUGCACUUCUGUAUAGCUUUGAUGAUGCUGAUGAAGGUGACGAUGUUGAGGAUGUUAUGUCUGUCGACAAAAAGGAGUUAAUUAAAGAUUUUGAGCAUAUUAGCAUCGAUGAGGAUGAUUUUGAGUCUGAAACAGAAGAAAACAAACCUAUAGCCUCCAUUCAAAAUGGAGGGAAAUCUGCUUCAGUGACUGACGCUACUUUCAGCAAUGGCAUUGUCACUGCAGAAGCUGGUGCUUCUUCGUAUAAGAACCUCGAUGACCAGGAUUCCAGCUUAUAUAUAGCAAAAGUUGCAGCAAAUAAGGUCAAGGACGUAAAUAAAAGCUAUUUUGGUGGUUAUAGUUCCUAUGGUAUCCACAGGGACAUGAUAAGUGAUAAGGUAAGAACUGAUGCUUAUCGGCAAGCCAUUUUGGAGAAUCCUUCUCUCAUAAAAGGUGCUGUAGUCAUGGAUGUAGGUUGUGGUACUGGCAUAUUGAGUCUCUUUGCAGCCCAGGCAGGUGCGUCAAGGGUGAUUGCAGUUGAAGCAAGUGAAAAGAUGGCAGCUGUGGCAGCUCAGAUUGCCAAAGACAAUAACAUUUUGCGGAUUGGAAGCGAGAAUGAAGGUUCUGAUCCGGGCAAUGGUGUAAUGGAGGUUGUUCAGGGCAUGGUUGAAGAGCUACAGAGUACUCAGAAAGUUCGGCCACACAGUGUUGAUGUGUUGGUGAGUGAAUGGAUGGGUUAUUGCCUGCUUUAUGAGUCAAUGCUUAGCUCUGUCCUGUAUGCACGUGAUCAAUUUUUGAAGCCUGGAGGUGCUGUUCUUCCUGACAUGGCAACCAUGUUUGUUGCUGGAUUUGGAAGAGGUGGUACAAGCAUUCCAUUUUGGGAAAACAUUUAUGGGUUUAAUAUGUCUUGUAUCGGCGAGGAGAUUGUUAAAGAUGCUUCCAGAAUUCCAAUAGUUGAUGUUAUUGACAGCUGUGAUAUAAUAACUAAUUCAACAGUUCUCCAGAACUUUGAUCUGGUGACAAUGAAGCUGGAGGAGAUGGAUUUUACUGCUAAGGUUGAACUGGAGCUGAAGGGAGAAACUUCUGGAAAUGGGUCUCCAGGUUCAAAACCGAUUACAACUUGGUGUUAUGGAGUUGUCAUUUGGUUUGAGACUGGAUUUACAGAAAGAUUCUGUAAAGAAAAGCCAACUGUCUUGUCCACAUCUCCCCAUACUCCCAGCACUCACUGGUCACAGACUGUCCUCACUUUCUCGGAACCAAUUGCAAUGGUAUCCUCAGGAAAGUUAAACGUUGAUAAAAUGGCCGCGGUUGGUACUGAUGCUUGCCCUGCGGUUAAAAUACAAUGUCGCAUCAGCGUCGUUCGUGCUGCUCAACAUCGAAGCAUUGACAUUUCCAUGGAGCUAUCAGGAAUUGGGCCUUGUGGUAGAAAACGAAAUUUGCCAGCGCAAAUGUUUAACUUAUGAUAAGUUAGUCCAAUCAAGUUCUUACCAUACAUUUCCGCUUGCACCUGAGCAGGAGGUCUCAGGGUGAGUGAGAGGAUUAUUUCCAUCUCCGUCUUAUAAGGUUUAUACUAGCAACAGUUCUUCCAUUCUUGGCGCAUGAGAAGACGUGGAUCAUUCCAAGUUUCUUGGAGUAAGUACAAACCAUAUAUUUACUCGCACUGUCCACCUUUUAUUUUGACACUGUUGAUUUUGAGCACUUUGGUGGGCCAAGAAUUGUAGAAGAGAGAUGCAGCAUAUUCCAACACAUGAGAAAUGAUUUCCUUGUAGUAGUAAUAUUUUUGAUAUAAUCUUAUCCUAUUCUCUUUUCUUCCUGGUAAUUUCAUUGACAAAGUUAUCCGGUUGCUGAGAUAUUGUAGUAGUUAAUAGAGUUAACAAUGUCUAUUCCUUUCAUCCAAUUUAAAUUUUGAGUUUGCUUUUCCAGAGGA